AUGGAUGGGCUCAAGUUCAAAUUCCCCUUCCCACUGGCUCGGGGCCACCGCAAGCAGCAGUCCGGACUGGGAGGUACUGAGAGUUAUGGACACCGCUCCCGCGGGCCCGCCUUAACCCUAGACCACGCCCUUGUCACGCCUACUCACCAGGUGACCACGCCCCUAUUCAAAUUUUCGACGGGCUGGCCCUUUUCCCCGCCCACCCCUCCGCGGCCACGCCUCCGCCCAGCUCCUAUUCGCGGCCCCGCGCACGUCACCGCCCACUCACCCCUGACCACUCCCCAUCCUCUGUCCUAUUGGCAGAUCCUUACCUUGUCCCCGCCCCUCCCCCGGCUCCGCCCCCGGCCGCCGAGCGCCGGCCGGAAGUGGCGGAGCCGGGAGCGCGGGGACAGGUCCCGGGGGUCGCUCCCGGGCUGUAGCCCUCCCGCUCGGCCUCGGUGUCACCCCCCACCCAUGGGUGUUACCGGCUGGGCCUUGUCCCACGCGAUGCUGGCCGCUGUCUGCCUGCUCUGUGCCCAGCGGGCCCGGCAGGUCACCGAGGGCCCAGCCGCUGGUUUCCUUCUGCAGGCCCUGGCAGCUGCCAGUGAUGCCCUGGCACCCCUGUGGUCUGUUGUUGUCACCAGGGAAGAUGACAAUGACCCCGACCCUUUCCCUGGUGCCUGGAUCUCGGCUAUGUUGGCUCAACCUUUGGUGGCUUUCGGCUUCCAUCGCCUCAGUGGUGACCGGGCCACUGCCAACCUGCUGCUGGGAGGUGCCACAGCACUGGCACUUAUCACCGCUGUCACCACCAGCACUGGCACCACGCGGGCACCAGCAGAGGGACACUUGAUGGCCGCUCAUGCUGUCACCUUCCUCACCACCUGCAGCCUCCUCACUCUCGCUGGCCUCACUGGCAAUGGCACUGCAGCCUUGGGUGGGCUCUUGGUGGCUGCUGGCAACCAGCUAUCAGCACCUGGCACCCAACAAGAGUGGCACCCAUGGGUGCUGGCAGCAGGGAAUUUGGCACUGGAGAGAGCACUGAGGGUGCAGAAGCUGGGUGUGGAGUGAGCCAUGUGGCACUGUAUGGCACCAUGAGGCGCGU